CUCCACAGAAGAAGGAGAGAAGUGGAGCUUAGCUCUGCUAAACAGUUGUAGAAUAAAAACAUUUUUAAACUCUAAAUUUUACUUUUAAUAGUUAACAAAUCACGCAUUUAUUCCAGAUUGACCUUCGGGACGGGUUAAACCUUCGUGCUGCAGGAUGGAGUCGCCGACAGUGGGUGAGUUGCUGAACACUCUGCGUGAGAUGGGCUUUAGUCAAGAGCAGAUUCAGGAUGCUAUACAGGCUGGCUGUUUCACCGUUACAGAGGCAACAGAAUGGCUGCUGCAGGGCAGGGGUCCCCGCCACAGAUUAACGAAGCAGGCUGAGUCACCCACAAAUGCCUUCUCAGCGUUUAACCCACCAAAAAACACCAUUGAGAGACCCUCACAGUCACAGCAAAUAGGUCCUAAUCUGGUCUUGAAUCACCCUUCUCUGAGUCCUGCAGCAGAAACAGAACUGCAGCCAUUACAGUCAAGAAUGAAGCAAGACCAGAGCAGCUUCCAGCUACAGCAGAGACACAAAGAAGCUCAGGAGGCUCAGCAUGAGAAGAGGCAGAAAAAACAGGAGCGUGAGUUGAUCCUGAAGCGGAUCGCAGAGGACCGGCGCUUGCAGCAGGAGAAGGCUCAGGCUUCUCCGACCAGUAGCCAUGGGAACACAGAAGUGGGGCAUCGCCAGAGCAGCGUAGAUGAUCAGUGCAUCCUUAUGAUUCGUCUCCCCUCUGGUGAAUCAAUGCGUGAAUGCUUUCCAGCUGAUGCUCCGCUCCGCAGUGUUGUUGAACACGUUGCCACUCGUCACCCAUCUCUUCCUGCGUUUUCUCUGCUGCAAGGUUUUCCCCGAAAGCGUUUCUCGGAGGGGGAGCUGGCAUCCUCGCUGCGGUCUCUGGGUUUAACUCCUAAUGCAGCACUGUGUAUUCAAACAGUGCCCCCUGUCAGCGUGCCACAGGAUUCUGAGAACCUUCCUGAUCCACGGCAGGACGAACCUCCGCGCCUGCAGGAGGAAGCAGAGUUACAGCAGCCUGUAUUACCGCGCCCAUUUCCACCCCAACUUUGGGAAGAAGCAGUAGGGCAUGCUGGGUUCGGACCUUCAGGACCUUCUCACUACUGGGGGCGUGGUCAGCGGCUGGUUCCUGGUGAGGCUGAUGAUGAACACUCAGAUGGCGAGGAGCAGCCUGAAGAACCAGCAGUGCCUUUUCUUAACGGUGUUCCUGGGCUGCCGUUUGGAGCUGGAGUCGUUCUGGAGCCGCAGCAUCUCUGGCCUGAACAGGGAAACAGACUGAGAGAGCCUGGUCCUGCUGGCCCUGCUGAUCCGGGUGCAGAGCGAAUGUUGCCAGGUGAUGCAGCAGUUCAGCGGCUACAGAGAGCAGCUCAGCAUGAAGAACCGUCACCACCAAAAAAACCCUUCAGACCCCCCAGUGUCCCCUCUCUGUGUUCUCUCGCCACUAGAGCCAGUGUCUCACUCAUCACAGCUCCCUGUAUGCAGUACAGUAGCAGUCUGGCUGGUUUGACCCCAGGGUCGGCAGAGCUCCUGUUGGGUCACAUGACCUCUGGACGCCUCCUGAGGCCACGGACACUUGAGCUGUUUUUUGGCUGCCCACUACGGAGCUUCAUCCUGAACAGCUACCCGUACACCACCAACGAGUUACUACGGCAACUCAGAGCCUUCACUGCACUGAAGCACCUCAGCCUGGUCAACUCUCCACUCAUUACCGAUGCUGGACUCUCUGUUUUGUCCGGACUGUUGAAACUGCAGCACUUGAACCUUUCGUGCUGCAGUAAACUGACCGACUCCUGUCUGCAGCACAUCACCAAGUUGCAGUGUCUGACUUUUCUGGCCCUGGAUAAGACCAAAGUAAGUGAUGCCGGAUUACUGACCUAUCUAAAGUCUGCUCCCUCUGUGCUCGUCCAUCUCAGUCUGAAUGAAACCGGUAUUACCGAGACCACACUGACUGCACUGCCCCAGUGUGUACCGCAACUGCGUCUGCUCAGCAUCGCCCGCACAAAGGUGAGUGACGUAUCCGCAUUGGCUGAACUGCAUUGUUUACAGACUCUUCAUCUGGAUGGUACAAGUGUAAAUGAAGACUCCCUUCAGGCUCUUAAAGCCCAUCUCAGCUUGUCCACACUCAGCCUUGCCUGUGUUCCUGUCGCUAAUGGCAACCAUGUGCUGGAGAUCAUUUCUGGUUUGAGACUGUACCAUCUGACGCUGCCCGGCCGUCACUCGCUGACUGAUGCUGGGCUCCUUUACCUCUCCAGACAGAUUCUACUCUCAGAGGUGGACCUGACCGACUACACACAGAUCACUGACCACGGCAUUACACAGCUCUCCACCAUGAACAGGCUCAAGAAGCUGUCGCUCAGUAACACUCAGGUAAGUGAUGCGGGACUGGUUGCCUUGGUAACUCUGAAGGAGCUGGUGGAGCUGUGUCUGGACCGAACAGCAGUAAGCAGCCGGGGUGUUGCUGCUCUCAUCACACACUUGCCUUAUCUACAGGUGAUCGGUUUGGCCUGUACGCGUGUGGGCGAUACAGUGGUCAGACGUGGUUUAGUUCACUGCUCUCAGCUCCUCAAACUCAACCUCAGCAGGACACGAAUCACUGACCGUGGGUUAAAGUUCCUUUACUCAAUGAGGUUGAACCAGGUGAAUCUGGAUGGUACAGGUGUGACUGUGGACGGUGUGGCCAAUCUGAUCUCUGCCUGUCCUCAACUGACCAGUGUCCGAGCUAGCAACACCCGCAGCAUCCCCCCCGAUCAGCAGUCUGAUGAUGAGGAUCAUCUGCUGCCCUAAGGGGGAAAAAAAUGGUCGCUUUAUAUGGAGGACAUAAAAUGAUAAACAUUAUCUUUUCUUUUUUAUAUACUAUUUUACAGUGAGCACAGUUUGUAUCAUAAACUGGAUUUUAACUGCAGUGCUGGAACUUUUAUAUCUCAGUGAAUACUUUUGCCGUUCCUCAAAUAGCCUCAAAACGGCCUUGUAGAUCCAGACAAUAGAUUGUUUAAAGGAAAAAUAUAGCAGCAACAAAUUUGGACAGUUACAAGCAGCUUUGCUUUAAUUUUGCUCAUGAAAUGUUUACCUGCAAUUUUGGUAAACUCUCCAAAAUUAAGAAGCAUUUAAUAUUGACAUUUAGUAAUAACUCUAAUGGAAUAAAUGUUUUAAAAAUAAUAAAAAUAAAUAAAUAUAUAUAUAUUACUUUUUAAGAUCUUAGAUAGUACAGACUAGGCAGUUGCUAAUAUCGCAAUGUUUGGAAUGCUAGUUUGGAAUGCUAUGCAACGCUACAUAGAUUUUUGUACAAUUCUAAGUCAUCCAUCCAUCCAUCCAUUUUCUAAGCCGCUUCUCCAGUCAGGGUCGCGGGGGGGUGCUGUAAUGUAAGCAAUAAUAUAUUUAAGUCACUAUUAAAAGUAUAUUGAAAGUAUAAAACUGUAAAUUGCUACAGUCCAUUUGAAAAAUCUCAUUGUAAAAAUUACUUAGCGUUUGACAAUACUGUCUAUUCUGUAAAUGAUUUUGCUAUUAAAAUACUUAUGUAUGCAAACAAACAUUAUUACAUUUUUACAUUUUUUUAUUUUAGUUUUCACUAAUUAAGAAAGUCCAGUCACUAGCUCUGACCUUUGGAGUAGAAGCCUAAGGCCUAGCCUUUGUGAUGGUAGUGGCUAGCACAAACUUCUCUUUCUUAUUUAUGGUCAUGGUCAUGUUUUUGGCCCAGCUGUUAAGGAGACUCUAGCUUUCCUUUUGUCCUUAACAGAGUCAUGCAAACUAAAGAAUGUGAAGCCAUUUUGCUUUUGCUGUUUGUUGUCUGGCAGCACAGAGUGGUACAAGACAGAUGGCCUGGGAAAGAUGCCUGGCAGCAAAUCAGCUUUCUUAUGCUGUAGGCAGUCUGGCUACCACCAGAAUAUUUUCUCCCAGCCCUGCAAGGGAAACAUGUUCACGUCUGCUCAGACAUUUUCUUUGCACUUUAUUGCUUGAAUCACUGUGGCUGAACCAGGUUAUUGGUGGUAUUGAACUUGUGACAUUGAACUGUGGACAUUUAAGUGUGGACACUUACCCCAGCUUACUCUCACAUCUAGAGAAGUGAAGCACACAUAAUGAGUAUGACCAACAAGAGAUGCCCUCUCACAGUGUACUUUGAGCUCCAGUAACUGGAGAUUGUGCCUGGAUAUGGUCAAGUUGAUUUUUGCAGCUACUCAGAUGCAUGGGUGGACCUGGACACUUUGUCGGACAUGACCAAGUCCAGGACACUCCAUUAGAUUGGGCUGCUGGGACUUUUGAACUUCUGGAUCAGUCUGCUCUUACGUGAGUUACUUUAAAACCAGCACUUUUUUGCUCACUGUU